GACCUCUCGGAUGUUUGGUGGAAAAUGAGUAAAAUUCAUGUCAUACCAGAAACACCAGGUUUCUGAGGCUGAGGAGCGCUUUAGAUGUAAUCCUUCUAGAAAGUUCGAGCCCAGGAUCCGGUGGGUGGAGGAAAAUGAAGCGAAAAGGAAGAAACGUUUCACCAAACAUAGGAACCAUCCAGUAAGACGACACCCAGCGGAAUCCAAUCUCAUCAGGCAGAAGUUAAAAGAGAUCGAGUUCUUGAGGAAGCGAAUUUACCAACUCGAGGAUGCAAUCACUCUGCAUGAGAAGCGAUUCUCAGAUGAUUCAGUUACCAACAAGAAGAGCAACUGCUGCCAUUUAUUCAACGGUUCCAAGAGGCAGUCGGAGAUAAUCCAUGAGAUUAGAAAGAGUCCAUCUAGGACCACAAUAGAUGAAAGCCAAGAUAUGGUUCCUAAAAUACCAUCGGACAAGAUUCUCAUCGAUAGUUUGGCGCAGAAACUUGAGAGUCAGGCGAAUGACAUUAAAGAAAUCAAGGACGGCCUGCAGAAGUGCUUGUUGCUGCUUAAAGAUAGCAAUGCGUUAGAACCAAAGCAUCCGGAAUUCGCUAAUAAGAACGCAAUUGCCGCGCCGGUCUUCAUGGACGAGUACUUCAAAUGCACGAACUACGAAAAAUUGUUCCUGAAGCCGCUGAGUUCCACCCAAUUUCAGAAGAUGCUUUGCGAAUGCAAAUCGAUGCCCCAAUUCGAUCAGAGCGAAGAAAAAAUCAAUACGCGUAAAGUUAAAACUGAGAAGGCCAAGUGCAAGAGUAAGUGCAGUAAAAACAAGAAAGUCAAAUCGAAGAAGUCGGAGUCGUCGAAAGAAGAAUCCUCGACGGAUGUUACUGAAGCUAAGAGCGUGGUCAGAGUUGAUAGUGUUAAACAGAAGGAGGCUCCGAUUAAGAACAUUAAUCUUAAAACGAGAAAGAAGAAAGCUUAUUACUGCAGUUGCACUUCAGUGGAUGGCAGGAGGAGGAGGAAAUGUGUGCGGCGGAAUAAACUCAAGGAAGAUGAGAAGUGCGUUUCAUUCACAUCAUCUACGCACACGUUUCAGGCGAACAUCCUGACCAAAGGCGACAUGAAACCGAGGAGCUGCUUCGUCCGUUUCAUCAGAUUCAUCUGCUGUAGGUGCGAUUGAACGAAUCCACAUGUAUGUUGUUGUUCCCAACGAGAGUAAUGCGAAAAUAUAUAAGUAAUUCAGCGUGUUCCGCUUUUAUUUGCGCCGAGUAUUUCUGGAAUUUGUGCGGGAAUUAAAUUUAACUGUUUCAUGUAGGUGUUUUGCUUAUGGCUUCUCGAACCUGCCGC